UUUUCGUUAGCAGAGAAAACGAAAGAAAUGAAUAAAGCAGAGCUGGUUUUCGUUACUGUACCAGGGAUUGGCCACUUAGUAUCAUGUGUUGAACUAGCAAAGCUUCUCGUUGAAUGUGAUGAACGAUUAUCGAUCACCGUCCUGAUUAUGAAGCAGCCCUUUGAUCCAAAUGUCAGUAGCUACACAAAUUCGUUGGUAGAAACUCCGAAUUUGCACAUAAGGUACCUUGAGCUCAUGAAAGAAGAGCCUUCUUCUCAAUUGUCAUCUUUUCUUUCGAUUUUCUUUCGAUUUAUCGACAACCAUAAAAGUUGUGUGAGGGAGGUUCUUGCCGAAAUAUCCAAUUCUGUUUCGUCGCAUCUUGGUGGGAUCGUCAUAGACAUGUUUUGCACCUCUUUGAUUGAUGUAGCCAAUGAAUUUGGGGUUCCUUCCUAUAUAUUUUACCCAGGCGGUGCUGCAACGCUUGGCGUUUUAUUCCAGUUGCAAAGUCUGAGAGAUGAUCUCAAUGAAGAUGUGAGCCAUUACGAGAAUUCAGACGUUGAAUUAGCUUUGCCUACUUACAUCAAUCCUGUUCCAGCUAAACUUUUGUCAUCUGCAUUGUUUGAGAAGGAUGGAGGUGUCGACAUGUUCCUCGAUCAGGCACAAAGAUACAGGAAGACCAAGGGAAUCAUAAUUAACACUUUCCUUGAGUUAGAAUCCCAUGCGAUUCACGCCUUGAGCAAUGAUAAAACCAUCCCACCAGUAUAUGCAGUAGGGCCUGUAUUGAAUCUGAAGGGAAGCAAUAGUCAAAAUCAAGAAACUGAGAUGAUUAUGAAAUGGCUAGAUCUUCAGCCAGAAUGUUCUGUUGUGUUCCUUUGCUUUGGUAGUGCAGGUAGUUUUGAUGGUGACCAAGUGAAGGAAAUUGCCUAUGCACUCGAGCGCAGUGGAUAUCGAUUCCUCUGGUCAUUGAGAAGGCCUUCACCCAAAGAAAAUUUUGAGUUUCCAAGUGAGUAUGAGAACCUGGAUGAAGUCAUGCCAGAAGGGUUCUUGCAGCGAACUGCAGCUGUUGGAAAAGUUAUUGGAUGGGCACCACAGGCGGCAGUUCUAUCCCAUCCUGCUGUGGGGGGCUUUGUUUCUCACUGUGGUUGGAACUCAAUAUUGGAAAGCGUUUGGUGCGGUGUGCCAGUGGCAACUUGGCCGCUUUAUGCAGAGCAGCAGCAGAAUGCAUUCCUAAUGGUGAAAGACUUGGCAAUGGCAGUGGAGAUCAAAAUAGAUUUCAAAAGGGAUUUCGUACUGGGUGUGAGCAGUGAGAUUUUGAGUGCAGAUGUGAUUGAAAGAGGGAUUAAACAUCUGAUGGAUCCUGAGAAUGAAAUCAGAGAGAAGGUGAAGGAAAUGAAAGAGAAGAGCAGGUUGGCUCCUAAUGAAGGAGGAUCAUCCUUUUCUUCCUUGAGGCGUUUUCUUGAAGAUGUGUUAGAUAACAUUCCAUGAUUGAAUAGUAUGUCAGAAUUGAAUAGUGAUAAUGAAUUACAUGAUCCCUUGUUUUUCAUAAAUUCAAUAGCUGGAUAUCAACUACUACUACAAUCAUGAAAUCUGCUAUUAUCAAUUCUGUUUUGAGAGUCAGUGAGAAUUAAUCAAUUAAUGGAGUCUCGUUCCUUUAUCCAUCUGUUUUUCCUUUUGUACUUGCUUUUUGGCUAUUCUGAUCA